AUGGUAGAAAGCUCUAGGCCGCCGUUGCGCAUCGGCACCCGGAGAUCCAAACUGGCCAUUGUGCAGGCCGAGACCAUCCGCGACCAACUGAAACAUGUCGACCCCAGUCUGUCGAUUGAGAUUGAAACCCUUCAUACAGCGGGUGAUCGCGACAAAGUGACUGCCUUGCCCGAAAUGAAUGCGAAAAGCCUCUGGACAACUGAGCUAGAGGAAAAGCUCACCUCUGGUGAAUUGGACGUCAUCGUCCAUUGCCUGAAAGGUAUUUUGGGCCCACUACCGCCUUCAUCUGGAACAUUGAUAUUGACCAGAACAGAUAUGCCAACGGCCACCCCGGAGACGUGUGAGCUGGCAGCGAUUCCGGCGCGAGAUGACGCUCGCGACGCCCUGAUCGUGAAGUCUGGUCUGCCUUAUAAGAACUUGAAAGAAUUACCCGAAGGUUCAGUCGUGGGCACUUCAUCUGUCCGACGCUCCGCUCAGCUGCGCCGUCUGUACCCUCAUCUUAAGUUCGCCAACUUGCGGGGUAACGUGGAAACCCGACUUGCCAAGGUUGACGACCCAGAGAGCGAGUAUACAUGUAUGAUCAUGUCUGCUGCUGGCCUUCAGCGCUUGGGUCUCCAGGAUCGUAUUGACCAGUACUUGGGCUCCAACAACGGAGGCAUAUUCCACGCUGUUGGGCAAGGUGCUCUGGGGCUAGAGAUUCGCAAGGGCGAUGUAUCGAUGCAGAAACUGCUCGAACCUUUGAGCGAUCAGAAGUCGACUCUUGCUUGCCUUGCCGAACGCGAACUGUUGAGGACACUUGAGGGUGGUUGCAGUGUUCCAAUUGGCGUUGAGACGGAGUGGGUUGACUCGGAUAAAUUGAAGUUGGCCGCCAUUGUUGUUAGUCUGGAUGGUUCUCAAAGUGUUGAGCAGACUUUGAUCGCUACCGUUCAGGGUGUUGAUGAAGCGGGUGCGCUUGGUAAAUACAUGGCAAUAAUGUUGAUCGAGGAUGGCGCUGAGGGAAUUCUCAAGGGCAUUACAGCGAAUCGUCCAUCAAAGGAUUGA